GGAGAGGGAGUUUCCAUGGUGACGGUAAACAAGGCUCUGCCUGGGGGCCGCUGCUGGGCUACUACUCCAGCUGCCGCCAUGAUUCCCCCCGCGGACUCUCUGCUCAAGUAUGACACCCCGGUGCUGGUGAGCCGGAACACGGAGAAAAGGAGCCCUAAAGCUCGGCCACUGAAAGUCAGCCCCCAACAACCUGGACCCUCAGGUCCAGUCCCACAGCCACCAAAGGCCAAGCUCCCCUCAACUUCCUGUGUCACAGAUCCUACAAAGCAAGCAGAAGAAAUCUUGAAUGCCAUCCUGCCCCCAAGGGAGUGGGUGGAAGACACACAGCUAUGGAUCCAGCAAGUGUCCAGCACCCCCAGCACCAGGAUGGAUGUAGUACACCUCCAGGAGCAGCUGGACCUGAAGCUGCAGCAGCGGCAGGCCAGGGAGACUGGGAUCUGCCCUGUCCGCAGGGAGCUCUACUCACAGUGUUUUGAUGAGCUGAUCCGUGAGGUCACCAUCAACUGUGCAGAGAGGGGGCUGCUGCUGCUGCGAGUCCGGGAUGAGAUCCGCAUGACCAUUGCUGCCUACCAGACCUUGUAUGAGAGCAGUGUGGCGUUUGGCAUGAGGAAGGCGCUGCAGGCUGAGCAGGGGAAGUCAGACAUGGAGAGGAAAAUUGCAGAAUUAGAAACAGAAAAGAGAGAUUUGGAGAGGCAAGUGAACGAGCAGAAGGCAAAAUGUGAAGCCACCGAAAAGCGGGAGAGUGAAAGGAGACAGGUGGAGGAGAAGAAGCACAACGAGGAGAUUCAGUUCCUGAAGAGGACGAAUCAGCAGCUGAAGGCCCAACUGGAAGGCAUUAUUGCACCAAAGAAGUGAUAAUUUCCAUGUGGGUCUCAUAAGCACUACUACCCUAUCUUAAACCGUUUGUAAUAAAAAGCUAGUUUCCUGAGUGAACAAGCCAUACCCUGCCCUGAUCACCACCUACAUUAUUUGUCAGGAGUCACGCUAUUGCUCCAGGGUCAUGAAACACCUAAGUCUGGCAGCUAGGCUCCCAGAUGGGCAGUGGAAGGUGGUGUAGCCCAGACAGUCUGUGAGAGUUGCCAACUCAAAUAGUAAGACAGAAUUCACCCUUUUCUGCUGUCUCUCUCAGGUGAAGCAACUGCUUCUUCAUCACUCUGUAUCACCACUUACUUCUGGCCAAAUGAAACUGCUCAGUCUCUCCCUUAUUUGAUAUUUCUAUCAUCCCUGCUCCAAUGCAGUUCUAGUUACUCAUUUUGGAGUUUUGAGUUUAUACUGUAUCAUCUGAUCCCUGCAUGCCAAAUCAACUGGACCCCUUCUCUGUUUCAGACUGCCUAGGUGAGGAGGCAAUGGCAGAGUCAAACCCACGGCUUACAAAAAAGUAAUUGUGCUGGAAAGAAUUACAAGUCACAAUGUCCACUGUAAGAUGCUUGCACCUUAGCUCCUCCCCCAACAUUGAUUUGUUCACUUUAUUCCGCAAAAGACCAAACCCUGGCCCUACACCCCUCUAACUCGCUAUGUUUAAUUAACAAUGGGAGAGAUGUCCAAACUUCACAUGCAGUUCUAAUUACUAACGACUGGGCUACGGCCUGCAGACAACUGCAUUUUACUAUUCUUCUUAAGUUAAACUCAGUUUGAAGGCUCAGGACUCCUCCUCAUAGACUAAAAAGACUAAAUGAGCAACAUAAAUCUUUAAUGCAGGUCAGACCCGGGUGGGCUAGGGCAGCAAGCUGAGCGACUUCCAUCAUUCAGUCAAAUUCCACAAGUGACAUACCUAAGAAAGCACUAAUGUUCCUCCUCGGCUGAAACACCUCAAGUGGUCAGUAUUACCCUAAAGAGAUGCAAAGAGAAACUCUCUUUAGUGGAGCCUUGAACUGACACCGGUCCUCGUUAGGGCUUCAAGGCUCACUCAAGAACUGUUGUCCAACAAGAACUGUGUCUGACCAAGUCAAACAUGCCCCGUACAUUCUACUCUCAAAUUUGAAGUCACAGCUUCUACCCUUAUUCAGGUGUCCUGAGGAAUUGAGACCCCAUUAAAAUGACCUGUCUGCUCUGUCAUCUUCAUGGGAAAGAAUGUUGUUCACUGAGAUGUGCUAGUUCCACAACUCCUUGACAAUGUCCUAAUUGGAUCCACCUCACAGACUCAAUGAGGAACAAUAGAAAUUGCUGUAGCUUUCUCUUCAUAUUUUACAGAGUAGGCCUUAUCUACUAUACCCUUGAAAUUUUCUUCUUUUUACAGUUCUAUGCCAAACAGCUUCUGUUCCAAACUGCUAAUUGCCAGUACAAAAGAAACCACACUUUCCAUCUUACAGACUUCAUCCCUGUUCUGUCAGACAUUUACAUGACAGGGUUACACUCUGGAGGAACUAGGAAGUCUGAUUCAAAUGUUGAAAGCGCGAAUGGACUCCAUCGCUGAAAUCCUUGGGGGUGAGGGACUUUAUUUACACUGGCAAUGGUGAAUGGUUUCAACUGUCAGACCUCAGAACAAAUGCACUGUGGCCUCAGAAAUGCUAACUGGGCAUGAAGAAAAUGAACACAAUUUCUAACUGCUUAUUUUUGUAUAAUUUAAUAAACAACUUUUAAAAUGUUA